AUGGAGGCGGCGCGCACCGAGCGCCCUGCAGGCUGGCCCGGGGCGCCCCUCGCCCGGACCGGGCUCCUGCUCCUGUCGACGUGGGUCCUGGCCGGCGCCGAGAUCACUUGGGACACCACGGGCGGUCCUGGGCGCCUAGCGGCUCUGGCUUCGCGGUCCCCGGCGCUGCCUCGUCUCUCACCGCUGGCAAUGGCAAGCCAGUGGCCGGAGGAGCUGGCGACUGUACGGAGAGGCGCCGCACUGGAGCGCCGGCCGGGACCAGAGCCGCUGCCCCAGCCAAGCAGUGGCAGCGGCAGAAAGAAGCAAGAAGCCGGAGGGCUGUCUCCAGCAAGCUCGCGGUGGGGACCGGGCAUCUCGACUCCUGGCAAGCCUAGCGGCGUGAGGAGGAGUCGUCGGGCGCAGCCCCCCAGUGCCCUGGAACACGGGGAUGCCCGGGCUACUGUCUUAGCCGAUGGUUCCAAAGGAAGCCGCCCUCUGGCCAAGGGUCUCCGGGAGGAGGUGAAGGCACCACGGACCGGGGGCUCAGCGACUGAAGAGCUCCGGUUACCCAGUACCUCGUUCGCGCUGACCGGGGACUCGGCUCACAACCAAGCCAUGGUGCACUGGUCGGGACACAACAGCAGCGUUAUACUUAUCCUGACGAAGCUGUAUGACUUCAACCUGGGGAGCGUGACAGAGAGCUCACUUUGGAGAUCAACAGAUUAUGGCACCACCUAUGAAAAGCUGAAUGACAAAGUGGGUUUGAAGACUGUCCUCAGUUACCUGUACGUCAACCCCACCAACAAAAGGAAGAUCAUGCUUCUUAGUGAUCCUGAGAUAGAGAGCAGCAUAUUGAUCAGCUCAGAUGAAGGGGCAACCUAUCAGAAAUACCGGCUCACCUUCUACAUCCAGAGUCUGCUCUUUCACCCCAAGCAAGAGGACUGGGUACUGGCCUACAGUCUGGAUCAAAAGCUCUACAGCUCCAUGGACUUUGGAAGACGGUGGCAACUCAUGCAUGAACGCAUCACACCCAACAGGUUUUACUGGUCAGUGGCCGGACUGGAUAAGGAGGCAGACCUGGUGCACAUGGAGGUGCGGACAGCGGACGGAUAUGCUCACUACCUCACCUGCAGGAUCCAGGAAUGUGCCGAGACUACUCGGAGUGGGCCUUUUGCCCGCUCCAUCGACAUCAGUUCCCUGGUGGUCCAGGAUGAAUAUAUAUUCAUUCAGGUAACAACUGGUGGAAGAGCCAGCUACUACGUGUCCUACCGAAGAGAGGCCUUCGCUCAGAUAAAGCUGCCCAAGUACUCACUGCCCAAGGACAUGCACAUCAUCAGCACCAAUGAGAACCAAGUGUUUGCAGCGGUCCAGGAGUGGAACCAGAAUGACACGUACAACCUCUACAUCUCAGACGCACGCGGAGUCUCCUUCACGCUGGCCAUGGAGAGCAUUAAGAGCAGCCGAGGUCUGAUGGGAAACAUCAUUAUUGAAUUGUAUGAGGUAGCCGGUAUCAAAGGGAUAUUCCUGGCAAACAAGAAGGUGGAUGACCAGGUGAAGACAUACAUCACCUACAACAAAGGCAGGGAUUGGCGCCUCCUGCAAGCUCCAGAUAUGGACCUGAGAGGGAACCCAGUACACUGCCUGCUGCCUUUCUGCUCCCUACACCUACACUUGCAGAUCUCCGAAAAUCCAUAUUCCUCAGGAAGAAUCUCCAGCAAGGAGACAGCUCCAGGGCUUGUGGUGGCUACAGGCAACAUUGGUCCGGAGCUCUCAUAUACUGACAUCAGUGUAUUCAUCUCUUCUGAUGGGGGCAACACAUGGAGACAGAUCUUUGAUGAAGAGUACAAUGUCUGGUUCCUAGACUGGGGUGGCGCCCUCGUGGCCAUGAAACACACACCUCUGCCAGUCAGGCAUUUGUGGGUGAGUUUUGACGAGGGCCACUCCUGGGACAAGUACGGUUUCACUUCGGUUCCUCUCUUUGUGGAUGGGGCCCUGGUGGAGGCAGGCGUGGAGACCCAGAUUAUGACAGUUUUUGGCCACUUCAGCCUCCGCUCGGAAUGGCAGUUGGUGAAGGUGGACUACAAAUCAAUCUUCAGCCGACACUGUAGCGAGGAGGACUAUCAGACCUGGCACCUGCUCAAUCAGGGGGAGCCUUGCGUCAUGGGAGAAAGGAAAAUAUUCAAGAAACGCAAGCCAGGAGCUCAGUGUGCCCUGGGCCGAGACUCCUCAGGGACAGUGGUCUCAGAACCCUGUGUCUGUGCUGACUGGGACUUUGAAUGUGACUAUGGCUAUGAGAGACAUGGAGAGAGCCAGUGUGUCCCUGCUUUCUGGUACAAUCCAGCAUCUCCAUCAAAGGACUGCAGCCUUGGUCAAAGCUACUUUAACAGUACUGGGUACCGGCGAAUUGUGUCCAACAACUGCACAGACGGCCUGAGGGAGAAGUAUACCGCCAAGGCCCAGAUGUGCCCUGGAAAAGCCCCGCAUGGCCUCCACGUGGCGACGACCGAUGGGCGCCUGGUGGCGGAGCAGGGGCACAAUGCAACCUUCAUUAUCCUCAUGGAGGAGGGUGAUCUCCAAAGGACAAACAUCCAGCUUGACUUUGGGGACGGGAUUGCAGUGUCCUAUGCUAAUUUCAGUCCCAUUGAGGAUGGCAUCAAGCACGUGUACAAGAGUGCAGGCAUCUUCCAGGUGACGGCCUAUGCGGAGAACAACCUAGGCUCAGAUACAGCGGUCCUCUUCCUGCAUGUGGUUUGUCCUGUGGAGCAUGUUCAUCUCCGAGUUCCAUUUGUUGCCAUAAGAAAUAAGGAGGUCAACAUCAGUGCAGUUGUGUGGCCCAGCCAACUGGGGACUCUAACGUAUUUCUGGUGGUUCGGCAAUAGUACAAAGCCCCUCAUCACCUUGGACAGCAGCAUUUCCUUCACAUUCCUAGCAGAGGGAACUAAUACCAUCACUGUCCAGGUGGCUGCUGGGAAUGCCCUCAUCCAAGACACAAAAGAUAUUGCUGUUCACGAAUACUUCCAGUCCCAGCUCUUAUCUUUCUCUCCUAAUCUGGAUUACCACAAUCCUGACAUUCCAGAGUGGAGGCAAGAUAUUGCCAAUGUGAUCAAGCGGGCUUUGGUGAAAGUUACCAGUGUCCCGGAAGACCAGAUCCUAGUUGCUGUGCUGCCUGGCCUCCCCACUUCUGCAGAGCUCUUCAUCCUUCCCCCCAAGAACUUGACGGAGAGGAGGAAAGGCAAUGAAGGGGACCUGGAACAAAUUGUAGAGACUCUGUUUAAUGCUCUAAACCAAAACUUGGUCCAGUUUGAGCUGAAGCCAGGGGUUCAAGUCAUUGUGUAUGUGACACAGCUGACCUUAGCUCCGCUGGUGGACUCUAGUGCUGGGCACAGCAGCUCAGCCGUGCUUAUGCUCUUGUCAGUAGUGUUUGUCGGCCUGGCUGUGUUUUUGAUCUACAAGUUUAAAAGGAAAAUACCCUGGAUUAACAUCUAUGCUCAAGUCCAACAUGACAAGGAGCAGGAGAUGAUUGGGUCAGUGAGCCAAAGUGAAAACGCCCCCAAAAUCACACUCAGCGACUUCACCGAGCCCGAGGAACUGCUGGACAAAGAGCUGGACACCCGGGUCAUAGGAGGAAUUGCCACCAUUGCAAACAGUGAAAGCACAAAGGAGAUCCCCAACUGCACUAGUGUUUAA